UUUGGGAAAUAAGAAUUUAUGAAAAAAGAAAAGAAAAGAAAAGAAACAAACAAAGCUAAAAAGGCCAUCGCAUCAAGCAAGCCUGGCAAGCGGCAAGCCAAACAAAACUGAAGAGAUUACAAACAAGUAUUAGUGUUGAAAACAUCAGAUCUGUCAAGAAAAUAAACAGCAUAAGAAAGCUAGCGGAAGUUGAAAGCCGGACAAAGCUAUCGAACCACAACACCAAGACAACUGAAAAGGCCAAACCACCCAAAUGUCAUUGCCAACACCCAGCUGAAAGCAGCUGAAGCAGGCAUAACAUAUACUACUAUUUUUUAUUUUUUAUAAUAUUAAAUUACUCCACUAGGUAGAUACCUCUAUUCGUAUUUAAAAGCUUGACCUUCCCACUGCUCUAAAUUAAACUUCAAUCCUACUCUGCCACUCCAUCUCUCCUCUUCUCGCCAGCCAAUCCCUCUCUCUCUCUCUCUCUCUAUAUAUAUAUAUAUAUAUAAUAUGUAUAUAUACAUGUAAUGUUACAGCAGGAACUUGCGGUAUAUACUAUAAGUAAUUGCGCGCGGUAGUCUGAGAUCCAUCGGAGCUUGACAUCUUUUGCCAACCACAAUGCUCAGAUUACUAAACAGAGAAUUUAAGAUGAUCUCUGAUGAAUUGUGGUGUAAGGGCUUGAGAUAUUAUUCUUCGAGCACUGGGGCUAGAAGCAGCAGGCUAGAAGGUAAGGUGGCCCUAAUCACAGGGGGUGCAAGUGGGCUUGGUAAGGCAACGGCGUCCGAGUUCAUCCAACAUGGAGCCCAAGUGGUCAUUGCUGACAUUGAUAGCCAAUUGGGCCCUCAAGUCGCUCAAAGUAUGGGCCCUAAAGGCCACUUCGUCCACUGUGAUGUGGCCAUUGAGUCUCAAGUAGCAGAAGCUGUGGACAUCACUGUAGCCCGUUAUGGCAAACUUGAUGUGAUGUACAAUAAUGCGGGAAUAAUAGGGCCAAUAUUCCCACCGAGCAUCGCGGAUCUGGACCUGGAUGAGUUCGACAGAGUCAUGCGGAUCAACAUUCGGGGGUUGAUCGCGGGUAUAAAGCAUGCGGCCCGAGUGAUGAUCCCUGUGGGCACAGGCUCAAUACUCUGCACGGCUAGCAUAAGUGGGCUCAUGGGUGGGCUUGGUCCGUAUCCGUAUUCCAUCUCAAAAUUUACAAUACCAGGGAUUGUGAGGUUCGUGGCCAGCGAGCUGUGUGGAAAAGGGGUGAGGAUCAACUGCAUUUCACCGUGUCCGAUUCCGACACCGCUGGUAUUGGGCCAGUUUGGCCAGUUCUACCGAGGAGUUGGGAAAGAGGAGAUAAUGAAAAUGGUGAAUGGGUUGGGAGAGCUAAAGGGGGCCAAGUGUGAAGAAAUAGAUGUGGCCAGGGCUGCCCUGUAUUUGGCUUCGGAUGAAGCGAAGUACGUAACGGGCCAUAACCUUGUUGUGGAUGGAGGAUUCACUUGCUUCAAAAAUCUCGACCUCCCCACUCCACAACCUUAAUUCUAUCCAAAUGUCUUCUUGUACAUCAUCAUCUGUUAUGCUGCUGAUUUAAUUAACGCGUCCUCUGUUUGUUUCUCAUUCA